GUUGCAGCCAUGGGGGACGCAGAGAUGUCUGUGUUUGGGGCGGCUGCUCCGUACCUGAGGAAGUCCGAGAGGGAGCGAAUGGAAGCCUCCACUCGUCCUUUCGACAUAAAGAAAGAAUGUUUUGUUCCUGAUCAGGUUGAGGAGUUUGUGAAGGCGACGAUCCAGAGCAAAGAUGGAGACAAGGUCACUGUGGAGACACAGCACGGAAAGACUGUGACGGUUAAGGAGUCCCAGAUUCUGCAACAGAAUCCUCCAAAGUUUGACAAGAUAGAGGACAUGGCCAUGCUGACCUUCCUCCAUGAGCCCGCUGUGCUGUUCAACCUCAAAGAGCGUUACGCAGCGUGGAUGAUCUAUACCUACUCUGGGCUGUUCUGUGUCACUGUUAACCCCUACAAGUGGCUGCCAGUCUACAACCAAGAAGUAGUGAUCGCCUACAGAGGAAAGAAGAGGAGUGAAGCUCCUCCUCACAUCUUCUCCAUCUCUGACAACGCCUACCAGUACAUGUUGGCAGAUCGUGAAAACCAGUCAAUUCUGAUCACUGGAGAAUCUGGUGCAGGAAAGACUGUCAACACCAAAAGGGUCAUCCAGUAUUUUGCCAGUAUCGCAGCUGGAGGCAUUAAAAAAGACUCUGUCUCAAAAGACAAGGGAACCCUGGAGGAUCAAAUCAUCCAGGCGAACCCUGCUCUGGAGGCCUUCGGUAACGCCAAGACCAUCAGGAACGACAACUCCUCCAGAUUUGGUAAAUUCAUCCGAAUCCAUUUUGAUACCAGGGGAAAGUUGGCCUCUGCUGACAUCGAAACAUAUCUUCUAGAGAAAUCUCGUGUGAUCUUCCAGCUAAAGGCUGAGAGGGAUUACCACAUUUUCUACCAGAUUCUGUCCAACAAGAAGCCAGAGAUCCUAGAGAUGCUGCUGAUCACCAAUAAUCCCUACGACUACGCCUUCAUCUCUCAGGGGGAAACUCAAGUGGCCUCCAUCGACGAUGCAGAGGAGCUGAUGGCAACAGACAGCGCCUUUGACGUGUUGGGCUUCACACAAGAAGAAAAGAAUUCUGUGUACAAGCUGACUGGUGCCAUCAUGCAUUAUGGGAACAUGAAGUUCAAGCAGAAGCAGCGAGAGGAGCAGGCAGAGGCCGACGGCACUGAAGAUGCUGACAAAUCAGCAUAUCUGAUGGGCCUGAAUUCCGCUGACCUCAUCAAGGGUCUUUUGCACCCAAGAGUCAAAGUAGGAAACGAGUGGGUCACCAAAGGUCAAAAUGUCGCUCAGGUGUACUACGCUGUUGGAGCUUUGUCCAAAGCGGUCUAUGAGAAGAUGUUUCUGUGGAUGGUGUUGAGAAUCAACCAAUCACUGGAGACGAAGCAGCCUCGUCAGUACUUCAUCGGUGUACUGGACAUCGCUGGCUUUGAAAUCUUUGAGUUCAACACCUUUGAGCAGCUCUGCAUCAACUUCACCAAUGAAAAACUGCAACAGUUUUUCAACCACCACAUGUUUGUGCUGGAGCAGGAAGAGUACAAGAAAGAAGGCAUUGAAUGGACCUUCAUAGACUUUGGUAUGGAUCUGCAGGCCUGCAUCGACCUGAUUGAAAAGCCCAUGGGUAUCAUGUCCAUCCUUGAGGAGGAGUGCAUGUUCCCUAAAGCCACCGAUACCACAUUUAAAGCUAAGCUCUACGACAACCAUUUGGGAAAAUCUGCCAACUUCCAGAAGCCCAGAAUCGUCAAAGGGAAACCAGAGGCUCAUUUCGCCCUGAUGCAUUACGCAGGAACUGUUGAUUAUAACAUCAACAACUGGCUGGUGAAGAACAAGGAUCCUCUGAAUGAGACUGUGGUUGGACUUUAUCAGAAGUCCACUAUGAAACUGUUGGCUACUCUCUUUGCUGGAUAUGCAGGAGCAGACUCAGCUAUGGCUGAGGCUAGCGAAGAAAAAAAAACGAAGAAGAAAAAAGGAUCAUCGUUCCAGACUGUGUCUGCCCUUCAUCGGGAGAACCUGAAUAAGCUGAUGACCAACUUGAGGUCUACUCACCCCCACUUUGUCCGAUGCAUCAUCCCCAAUGAGACCAAGACUCCUGGGGCCAUGGAUAAUCCUCUGGUGAUGCACCAGCUGCGCUGUAACGGUGUGCUGGAAGGCAUCAGGAUCUGCAGGAAGGGCUUCCCCAACAGGAUCCUCUAUGGAGACUUCAAGCAGAGGUAUCGUAUCUUGAACCCUGCUGCAAUCCCAGAGGGUCAGUUCAUUGACAGCAGGAAGGGAGCAGAAAAACUUCUUGGAUCUCUGGACAUUGAUCAUAAUCAGUACAAGUUUGGACAUACAAAGGUGUUCUUCAAGGCAGGACUGCUGGGUCUGCUUGAGGAGAUGAGAGAUGAGCGUCUGUCCAAAAUCAUCACUGCUAUUCAGGCCCGAUCCCGCGGUCUUCUGUCUCGUCUAGAGUAUCAGAAGAUGGUGGAACGCAGAGAUGCAUUAUUAGUGAUCCAGUGGAAUGUCCGUGCUUUCAUGGGGGUCAAGAAUUGGCCUUGGAUGAAGCUUUACUUCAAGAUCAAACCUCUGCUGAGAUCUGCAGAAGCAGAAAAGGAGAUGGCGAACAUGAAGGAAGAAUUCCUGAAGUUGAAAGAGGCUUAUGCGAAGUCUGAGGCUCGCAGAAAGGAACUGGAGGAGAAAAUGGUCUCUCUGCUCCAAGAGAAGAAUGACCUGCAGCUCCAAGUUCAAGCUGAACAAGAUAAUCUGUGCGAUGCUGAGGAAAGAUGUGAGGGGUUGAUUAAAAAUAAAAUCCAACUGGAGGCAAAAGCCAAAGAACUUACGGAAAGACUGGAGGAUGAGGAGGAGAUGAACGCAGAACUGACUGCAAAGAAGAGGAAGCUGGAGGAUGAGUGCUCUGAGCUGAAGAAAGACAUUGAUGACUUAGAGUUAACUCUGGCUAAAGUGGAGAAAGAGAAACACGCCACUGAGAACAAAGUUAAAAACCUGGUUGAGGAGAUGGCUGCUUUGGAUGAAAUCAUUGCCAAGUUGACAAAGGAAAAGAAAGCUCUACAGGAAGCUCAUCAGCAAACACUGGACGACCUGCAGAGUGAAGAAGACAAAGUCAACACUCUGACGAAGCUUAAGGCUAAGCUGGAGCAGCAAGUGGAUGAUCUUGAAGGAUCUCUUGAGCAAGAAAAAAAGGUUCGAAUGGACCUUGAAAGAGCAAAGAGAAAGUUGGAGGGAGAUUUGAAAUUGUCAAUGGAGACUGUAAUGGAUCUAGAAAACGACAAACAACAACUGGAAGAACGCCUGAAAAAGAAAGACUUUGAGAUCAAUCAGCUGAACAGCAAAAUUGAGGAUGAACAGGCUAUAACCAUUCAACUCCAGAAGAAGCUCAAAGAGCUGCAGGCUCGCAUAGAAGAACUGGAGGAAGAGUUGGAGGCAGAACGAACUGCCCGAGCCAAGGUGGAGAAGCAGAGGGCAGACUUGGCCAGAGAACUGGAGGAGAUCAGUGAGAGGUUGGAGGAGGCUGGAGGAGCAACAUCUGCUCAGAUUGAGAUGAACAAGAAGAGGGAGGCUGAGUUCCAGAAACUCCGCAGAGACCUAGAAGAGGCCACUCUGCAGCAUGAAGCCACCGCUUCCACACUCAGGAAGAAACAAGCCGACAGCGUCGCUGACCUGGGGGAGCAGAUCGACAACCUUCAGAGAGUCAAACAGAAACUGGAGAAGGAGAAGAGUGAGCUUCGGCUUGAACUGGAUGAUGUGGUCUCCAACAUGGAACACAUUGCAAAGUCAAAGAUUAUAUUGGAGAAGACCUGCAGAACUAUGGAGGAUCAAAUGAAUGAAUACAGGAACAAGUGUGAAGAUUAUCAAAGAUCCCUGAAUGACUUCACCACACAAAAAGCUAGGCUGCAAGCUGAGAAUGAUGAACAUACAAGACAACUGGAAGAAAAAGAAUCCCUUAUUUCUCAGUUAACCCGAGGAAAGAAUUCCUACACUCAACAACUUGAAGAUCUAAAGCGCCAACUGGAAGAAGAAAUUAAGGCCAAGAACGCCCUGGCCCAUGCAGUACAAUCUGCCCGUCAUGACUGUGACCUGCUCAGGGAGCAGUAUGAAGAAGAGCAGGAGGCCAAAGCUGAACUGCAACGUGGCAUGUCUAAAGCCAACUCUGAGGUGGCUCAGUGGAGAACUAAGUACGAAACUGAUGCCAUCCAGAGGACGGAGGAAUUGGAGGAAGCCAAGAAGAAGCUGGCUCAGCGUCUCCAGGACGCUGAGGAGGCUGUGGAGGCAGUGAAUGCUAAGUGUUCAUCUCUGGAGAAAACCAAACACAGACUCCAGAAUGAGAUUGAAGAUCUCAUGGUGGAUGUGGAGAGGUCUAAUGCUGCUGCUGCUGCUCUGGACAAGAAGCAAAGAAACUUUGACAAAGUCUUGUCUGAGUGGAAGCAGAAACAUGAGGAGUGUCAGUGUGAACUGGAAAGUUCUCAAAAGGAGGCCAGGGCUCUGAGCACUGAGCUCUUUAAACUGAAGAACUCCUAUGAAGAAUCUCUUGAACAUCUGGAGACACUGAAGAGAGAAAACAAGAAUUUACAGGAGGAGAUUUCUGACCUGACUGAGCAGCUUGGUGAGGGGGGAAAAACCAUCCAUGAGUUGGAGAAGGUUCGCAAACAGCUGGAGCAAGAAAAGGGUGAGAUCCAGUCUGCUCUGGAGGAAGCAGAGGCUUCCCUUGAGCAUGAGGAGGGUAAGAUUCUGAGAGCUCAGCUCGAGUUUAACCAGAUCAAGGCAGACAUGGAGCGUAAACUGUCUGAGAAAGAUGAGGAGAUGGAGCAGUUCAAGAGGAACCUGCAGAGGACCAUUGAUUCCCUGCAGAGCUCUCUAGAAGCUGAGACUCGCAGUAGAAAUGAGGCCCUUCGCAUAAAGAAGAAGAUGGAAGGAGACCUCAAUGAGAUGGAGAUCCAGCUCAGCCAGGCCAACAGGCAGGCAGCUGAGGCCCAAAAACAACUGAAAAGUGUCCACGCACAUCUGAAGGAUGCUCAGCUGCAGCUUGAUGACUCUCUUCGGGCCAAUGAUGAUCUCAAAGAGAACAUUGCCAUUGUUGAGAGACGCAACGCCCUGCUUCAAGCUGAGGUUGAAGAACUCAGGUCUUCUCUGGAGCAAACUGAGAGAGGUCGCAAACUCGCUGAACAGGAGCUGCUGGAUGUCAGUGAGAGGGUUCAGCUACUGCACUCACAGAACACCAGCCUGAUAAACCAUAAGAAGAAGCUGGAGGCAGACACAUCCCAGCUCCAAACGGAAGUGGAGGAAGCAGUGCAGGAGUGUAGAAAUGCUGAAGACAAGGCCAAGAAGGCCAUCACUGACGCUGCCAUGAUGGCAGAGGAGUUAAAGAAAGAGCAGGACACCAGCGCUCACCUGGAACGCAUGAAGAAGAACAUGGAGCAGACCAUCAAAGACCUGCAGCACCGUCUGGAUGAAGCUGAGCAGAUCGCCAUGAAGGGAGGCAAGAAGCAGCUGCAGAAGCUGGAGGCCAGGGUGAAAGAGCUGGAAAAUGAGGUGGAAAUGGAGCAGAAAAAAAGCAGCGAGGCUGUGAAAGGCCUCCGCAAAUAUGAGCGCCGUAUCAAGGAACUUACCUAUCAGACGGAGGAGGACCGCAAGAACGUUGCUCGUCUCCAAGAUCUGGUCGACAAGCUGCAGCUGAAAGUCAAAUCCUACAAGAGAGCUGCAGAGGAGGCUGAGGAACAGGCCAAUGUUCAUCUGGGCAAGUUCCGCAAGCUUCAGCAUGAACUGGAUGAGGCCGAGGAGCGAGCCGACAUCGCCGAGUCCCAAGUGAACAAGAUGCGAGCCAAGAGCCGCGACAUCGGCUCCAAGAAAGGGUUUGAUGAGGAGUGAAGCUUUGGGUUCUGCAGAAAACCUUUUGCCUGCUGUGUUAAUCGAAAUCCCUCAACUAUCCCCAUUCACAACCUGUAGCGCUUAAUAAAGGCUCAUCCAGCUCAUGCA